AUGGAGCCGCUCACAAGCCCCAACGCGGAGAAGUUCUCAAAGGCUUUGGGGCUGGUUUUCCAAGGAUCGAAUAGAAAUGGGAAGAUUUGGGUGUUUGUUGAGGAAGGGGCCAGCUUCCUGGUCGAGAGAGACACGGAUCAGGCCCUAUCCGGCCGCUUUGGAUCCCCCCGCCUAGCUAGUCACUUGUGUGUCUCGGCGGUGUAUGCAAAAUGUACAAGAACCGAACGGAUUCAUUUAUGGGAUGAAUUGAGGGAGUGCUCCAUACUUUGGGAGGGCUCACCAUGGUUGAUCGGAGGGGACUUCAACACCAUUCUCCAUCCACGAGACAGAGUAGGGAGUGAAACAAACCGCCAAGCUGAAAUGGUGGACUUUGCGGAGGCUAUUGAGGAUUGCAGGAUACUAGACCCGGGCUAUGAUGGGUCGGAGUUCACAUGGGCCAAGAAUGGUCUCUUCGAAAGAUUGGAUAGAAUUCUUGUGAAUGAACGUUGGGCACAAAUUUUGGAAACUACCCGGGUGACGAACCUGCCCCGGAUUGCCUCGGACCAUGGGCCUGUGUUGGUAAGAUGCAAAGGGACAGAUCAUAACAGCGGGGGUAGGCCGUUCAGGUUCCAAAACAUGUGGGUUAGACACGAGGGAUUCAUGGAUCUCGUUCGGGGAGAUUGGAUGCAACCGACGGAAUCCGGAGGCCUACUCAAUUUCCAAAUCAAACUUGCACGGCUUAAGAGAACCCUAAAGGUAUGGAACAAGGAGACCUUUGGGAACAUCCAUCUAAACCUCAGGGAUAUGGAAGUGAAAAUCGCAACGGCCCAAAGCAAUUUCGAGGAAAGGCCAACCCCGGAGAACAGGACAGUGAUCAAUAGAUGCAUCGCCGAGUACAUUCGACUGCUCAAAAUGGAGGAGGACUUCUGGCGCCAAAAGGCUACUCUAAGAUGGCUAGGGGAGGGCGACAAGAACACGAAAUUCUACCAAAGUUGGGUGAAACAAAAGAGGAUCCGCACGCGCAUCCACAAGAUCAAUGUGGGUGGCCGGGAGAUCUCGGACGAAAUGGAGAUUAGAAGUUCGGCAGUGGAGUUCUUCCAAGAUCUACUGGCCCCGGGGCCUAUCAUUUUGUCCGAGCCAGACCUUGAUUUGAUUCAUCAACUCCCACCCUUGGCUGAAGUGGCGGCACUACCCGAGACACCAUCCGCUGAGGAAGUCAAAAAUGCUGUUUUUGAUAUCUACGGGGACAGUGCCCCAGGGCCGGAUGGUUUCACGGCCUUGUUCUACCAGGCUUGUUGGGCGAUGGUUGGGCCGGACGUGGUGGCGGCUAUCGGCCAAGUUUUCGGGGGUGCCUACCUCCCACGUAGCGUCACGGCCACAAGCAUUGUUCUCAUUCCAAAAAAGCCUGUGCCGGAAUCGUGGAGCGACUACCGCCCUAUUAGCUUGUGCAACGUCGUCAACAAGAUUAUCACAAAGAUUAUGUCGAAGAGAAUGACUGGGCUCCUCCCUAUGAUUAUCUCGCCAAACCAGAGUGGAUUUGUGAAGGGACGGCUCCUUAACGAUAAUGUCCUUUUGGCACAGGAGAUGUUCCACGAGCUCUUGAGAUGUGGGACAGCUCCUAAUGUCGCGGUUAAAAUCGAUAUGGCCAAGGCCUAUGACCGGGUCCAAUGGACAUUCCUCCUGAAAGUGUUACACCGGAUGGGUUUCCCGGCCCCGUGGGUCUCCCUGAUUGAGAGAUGUGUGGGAUCCUGCUGGUUCUCGGUGCUGGUCAAUGACUGCAUGGAAAUAAGCCACCUUGCCUACGCCGACGACAUUGUGAUUUUUACACAAGCAGCGGAGGGCCCUCUUAGGCGUUUGCGGACUUGCCUGGAGAAUUAUGCCAGGGUCUCCGGGCAGCAGAUCAACUUGGCAAAAAGCAACUUUUACAUUGCCGAACAACAUGAAGGAUGCGCCAUCACUAUUCAAAAUGAAGGAGGCUUCACACGAGGUACUUUCCCGUUCCUUUACCUUGGGGUUCCUAUUUACCGUGGUGUCAAACGUACAGAUAUGUUUAUGUUUCUUCGGGAAAAGAUUGCUGCCCGAAUCUCGGGGUGGGCCCACCGACAUCUCUCCUUCGGAGAGAGAAAAAAGACGCAUUGGAUUGGGUGGGAUCAGAUCUGCCUCCCCACCUCUGAAGGGGGUCUCGGCAUCCGUAAGACCAAAGAAGUCCUCCGGGCCUUCAGUAUCAAACUUUGGUGGAGGUUCCGGGAGCAAAAUUCCCUUUGGGCUAGGUACAUGAAGGCCAAGUAUUGCCACAAAAACUCUCCCCUUGCGGCCUCUCCUUCGGGGAGAAACAGCCCGACAUGGAAGCGGCUAAUGAAAGUGAGAAAUCAAGCGAACCCGAAUAUUAGAUGGGUGAUCGGCCAGGGCGAUGCCUACUUUUGGGAUGACAUUUGGCUUGGGGAAUACCCCCUUCGCGAGCUCUGCCUUGACGAUAGAGGCACCCCUUCGACCAAGGUUUCGGAAUACAUUGGGGGUGAAACAUGGGAUGAGAUUAAGCUACGGCAACUUCACAACCAGGCUGGAAUGCCUCAAGAGAUUAUCACACAAAUCCUUGAUACCCCAAUAGUUGCGGGAGAACCGGAUGUCCCCCGAUGGAAACUUUCUCGGCUCAGGGAGUUCUCGCUCGCGACGACUUGGGAGACAAUACGCUCACAAAGACCAAGCAUUCAAGGCCUCGAUGACAUUUGGAAGGCUGGACUUACAAAAUCUAUUGCGAUCUUCAACUGGCGACUUUUGUCAAACAGGAUACCGGUUGAUUCCAAGCUCCAGUGGAGGAAAAUUGAGCUUGCGUCGAAAUGCCAAUGCUGCUCACGGAGGCCUAAUACCGAGUCCCUCCAACAUCUCUUCAUUCGGGGGUGGGGAGCAACAUGUGUUUGGAAGGAGUUCAACGGCUGGUUCGAAGGCUCGGCCCCACCCCUUAGGGUGAACGACACCAUCCCGGACAGGUUGCAAGUUCACAUGUUCAUCUACAACAACAUGGCCAACGGACACAUCAAGCCGAAACAUUGGAAGGGAGUAAAAAUCGGAAUGAGCCUUCCGAACCACCCCGAGACAAGGGGGCCGAGACCGUUAGUUAUGCCGGUUAAGUGGCAUCCCCCGGAACGCACAUGGAUAAAGCUUAACACGGAUGGGGCGUUCUCUGAGGCAACAAACAUGGGCGGCGGAGGGGGUCUGGUUCGGGACCACAAUGGGAAGCUGCUUGUAGCUUUUGCAACCCCACUCGCCGCUCACUCGGCUCUUGAGGCCGAGCUUAUGGCCAUUCACCAUGGGUUGGAGGUAGCAAAGGGGUUCAACCUACCCAUUUGGGUUGAAGCAGAUGCGGAACAAGCCAUUAAGUUGCUCAAUGGCUCGGCUUGGGGCCCGGCACAAGUUCGCCGCGUAAUGGCCCGGCUACAUGGCUUUAAGCGUAGACAUACCGUCAGGGCCACUUUCAUCCCUAGGGAGGGCAACAAGGCGGCCGAUUUGCUCGCCAAAAUGGGAGCGGAACAAGAUCAUUUCCAACAAAUGUCCUCACAAAAUGUUCCAGCAACAAUUAGAGCCAUCAUCCGGAUGGACGAAAUGGGAGUCCCCAAUCUUCGGGUGAGAGAUGAUGAGCGAGAGUAG